AUGGGGUUCCGAUCUGCCUUCCGGCGGUCAUCGACCCACGAAGAGUCUAUUACUCAAGUCGCUGUGAGCACUGAUGGCGAAAGAAAGAGCGAACUGACCACCGAGGGUGCUGCUGCUGUUGAAGCCGAUGAGAAAAACCCUGAACUUCCCACCGAAGAUGCACAGCAGGGUGUCAAAGAGCUCGAGGCCGUGACUUUGAGCUGGACGAAGGGCAUGCUAAUUGCGGUCUUUGCGAACAUCUGGUUCUUGUACUUCGUCAAUGCUAUGCAAUCCACGAUUAACUACAGUUUGCUCGGCUUUGUCACCAGUGAAUUCGAAAGCCACUCCCUACUCAAUGUCAUCUACAUUGUCGCAGACGCCAUGACAGCCGCUGUGUACAUCCCUACUGCCAAGGUUAUGGACGUUUUUGGCCGUGCAGAAGGUUUCCUGGUUAUGACCGUUUUUGCUACCCUCGGUCUGGUUCUCAUGGCUGUAUGCAACAACCUUCCCACCUUCUGCGCUGCGUACGUCUUCUACAGCAUUGGAUUCGGAGGUAUGACAUACUGUGUGGAUGUCAUCACCGCCGACAUCUCCAAGCUCAAGAACCGAGGUUUGGCUUACGCUUUUACCUCCUCGCCAUAUAUCAUCACGGCAUUUGCUGGCCCCAAGGCUGCCGAGGGCUUCUACGAGGACAUCAGCUGGCGGUGGGCCUUUGGCGCAUUCUCCAUUAUCUUCCCUAUUGUUGCUUCCCCUCUUUACUUCAUAUUGAAGGCCAAUCUUAAGAAGGCCCACCAGAACGGUCUUGCAGUCAGGGAGCCUAGCGGCCGGACCUUGCUCCAAAGCGUUUGGUUCUAUAUCAAGGAGUUCGAUUUUGUUGGUGUUUUGGUGUUCUCUGCCGGCCUUACAGUCUUCCUCCUUCCAUUCAGCAUUGCUAGUUAUGCCCCUAAGGGCUGGGCAUCAGACUAUAUCAUUGCCAUGAUCGUGGUCGGAUUUGUCAUGCUUGGUGUCUUCCUUGUUUGGGAAUUACGCUUUGCCCCCACCCCAAUGUUCAACUUCAGCCUGUUGACCGAUCGAACUAUCAUUGGUGCAUGUUUGCUCAACGUGAACUACCAGAUAUCUUACUACUGCUGGAACAACUAUUAUACAUCUUUCUUGCAGGUAGUCAACAACCUCAGCAUCUCUGAGGCAGGCUACGUUAGCAACACUUUCGACGUCGUCUCCGGCUUCCUUUUGCUCGGAGUUGGUUUCGUCAUUCGCAGGACUGGUCGCUUCAAGUGGACUCUCUACAUUGCGGUGCCACUUUACAUCUUUGCCCAGGGAUUGAUGAUUUACUUCCGUCGCCCUAACCAAUCUGUCGGCUAUCUUGUCAUGUGUCAGAUUUUCAUCUCUAUUGGCGGGUCUGUCUUCAUCCUUGUUGAGCAGGUUGCUAUCUUGGCUGCCGCUGAUCACCAGCACGUCGCAACUGUUCUUGCUCUGCUCAACGUCGUGGGCACUGUCGGUAAUGCUGCUGGUUCUACUAUUUGCGCCGCAAUCUGGACUCACACAUUCCACAAAGCCCUGGCAGUGCGGCUUCCAGAGCUUGUGAUGCCAGAUAUCGAGUUGAUUUACGAGGAUCUUGCACAGCAGCUGUCUUAUCCCGUUGGAUCCGCCGCGAGACUGGCUAUUCAGGAAGCGUAUGGGUAUUCUCAGACAAGAAUGCUUGCUGUUGGCACUGGUCUAAUGGGUCUUUGUGUCUUCUGGGCCCUCAUGAUCAGAGACAUUGACCUGCGGAAGGUCGCUCAAGUCAAGGGUACCGUCUUCUAA